GAUGGAUUUGGUGCUGUUUCAAGAGUGGGGUCUGCCAUGUGCUGGCUGAGGCUGGGGUGUCCCAGCUUAGUUCUUCCAUGUGUUGCUGGCCCCCGACUCUCCCUGCUUCUCCCUCUCUGAAGCACUGUCCACAGCUGGACUUCUGCCAUCCACCUGCAUCUCUUCUUGGCCCUGGCCAGGAUGGGCCGGGUCUCAGACUUGGUCCUACCCUCUCAUUUUUGAACAACUUAUCCCAUCACAUUUAAAAAAAUCAAGUUCCUUCUGCUCCAUCUUAGGGCUGUUUUUACUCUGUCCUCAGCCCUCCUUCUAACACCCCCACAUAGAGACCUUAAUUCAAACUAAGGUAAGAAAUGAUUGUCUUUAUUUCCUGAAGCCUUUUUGAAAGCAAAGAUGAGCAACACUCAAGCUGAGAGGUCCAUAAUAGGCAUGAUCGACAUGUUUCACAAAUACACCAGACGUGAUGACAAGAUUGACAAGCCAAGCCUGCUGACGAUGAUGAAGGAGAACUUCCCCAAUUUCCUCAGUGCCUGUGACAAAAAGGGCAUACAUUACCUGGCCACUGUCUUUGAGAAAAAGGACAAGAAUGAGGAUAAGAGGAUUGAUUUUUCUGAGUUUCUAUCCUUGCUGGGAGACAUAGCCACAGACUACCACAAGCAGAGCCAUGGAGCGGCGCCCUGUUCUGGGGGAAGCCAGUGACCCAGCCCCACCAAGGGGCCUCCAGAGACCCCAGGAACAAUAAAGUGUCUCCUCCCCCCAGACACUUGCCUUAUUUCUUCUUCUCUUUGGUGACCUACAUUGUCAAAACUACCAAUUCCAGGUUAACUUUGUUGGAGAAUUUCCCCCACCCCCAUCCAGUGGGUCACCCAGGAGUAAUGUCCCUCCGGCAACGUUCCCCCUAUGGCCUCCAGCAGAGCUGAGCUGCCUCUCAUACAGGUCCUGGUGUCCGCCUCUGCCCCGUUCCCUAAAUGCAGCCACCUUGGCAAGUUCCAGGUGGAAGUUGGUAGAAGGCCCCUGCCAGGUCACAGCAAUGCUCUCCUUGUCAAGGCAUGGACCAGAGUCAUUCAGACACAUUCAGAUACUGCACUGAGAAGGAGCUGGCAUCUCUCAGUGUGCUCCUGCCCUCCCACUCCCGCACCAGCUGUUCUCCAGGGCUUGGAGAAACAGAAACCACUCACAUAGGGAUUCCUGGAUGGCUUCAGGUUCAGCGCCCUUGUGGCUAUGAAUGGGAGGCUCAGCAGUGCCCUGAGGAUGGGCUUCCUUGUCCUGUGGCCUCUGCUCCAGGGGCAGUGUCCUUUCCCUGUGCUGUGUGCUUGUGUGCAUGUGUCUAUGUGGGUGACCCUGUGGAAGUGAGAAGGAGUCACUGUGAUGCUUAGCUGUCCUAAAUGAUGGUUUGCUCAAUGCCAGGACUGGGUUUCUGGUGAUGAAUGAAUAUUCCAGAUUUUGAGGAGCUCUAAGUGGUCCAGGAGUCCAAGUAAGCAGUCUGGCUGGAAUAAGGCAGCAUCACGGAAAUUCCGUAAGGACUGACACAGAGAGCUCAUGCUGACUGUGAUGAGAAAUUGCAGCACCUCUAUCUCACAGGUAAUGGAGUAGUUUGUUAUUGGUAGUCUACUCCAGGCCAGGCAGUGUGUUAUGGGCUGAGGAUGCAGAAACAGGCAGGACACAGUGCUGUCCUAGCAGUGCACUGGCGGGUCUCUCCAUGCAGGCCACAACACAGGGUCAGUGUUCACCUGGUGUCACUUCCAGGCAAUGUUCUGUGCAGCCACUCUUAGUAUUCUUCCUUGAGGCUCACAUCAUGUGUCCCUAUCACUCUUACUACUCUGGUCAGUCUCCAGCUAACCUCUCAAUCAGGCAAACAUUCUUCUUGGAGGAAUCAGGCAAACAUCUCAAAAAUUCUCUUUCCAUCCCACCAGCAGCAGUGUGUAAGAUGGGCUAUUUGUUCUUUGGAAUGACUGCUCCACUCCACACUCACACCUCUAUUCACAGACCAGCAUCUCCUCUCCUUAUCAGGAACAUUCCUUCCUGAACAUAUUCCGCACCUCAUCAGCCUUCAGGACUGAUCUGCCAUUUUCACCUCUAAAUCCCCAUGUCUGACCAUUAGUUUUCUUCUCUUUCCUUCUCUCCCUUUCUCAUUCUCAUUCCACCUGUUCUUGGAACUCACGGAGACCUACAGUCCCUGGGCUUUCAUUUUCUCCUCCCAGCCCCCUGCUGCCUUCUCUAUGCAGCCUGCCCCCCAUCAUCCACCCCAGAAUUGCUCUCUUUCCUCUCUUAGCUCUGUUGCCCACUUUCCUUGGGCCAUACCUUCCCUGCAGAUCUCCAGCCCAGAACCAUCUUCCCCUGUUGUCCUCCUCUCUCCUCCACCGGGACUGCUGGUCACUGCUCAGAACCAUCAUGCCAGGGUCCCAAAAGUGUGGGUGCAUGACUUCCUCUCUGUACAGCACUCUCUGAAUCCCUCCUAUUCACCUAGCCGCUGUUAUUCCCAGAAUGCGCAACAUACCCCCGAUCAAUAUAUCUCAGUAUUUCAUGUCUCAAUACCAAUUUUUAAACUACUGCCUCUACCAGAAAUGUCUUUUAAUACUUCUUCUGUCUCAUUAACAUUACAUUUCAAGGCUGAGCUUUAAUGUCAGUGUCUCUUAGACAUUCAGAGGGUGAACCACCAUCCCUUCACCCCAAAGAAAUGAUCUCUGCUUCAUUUGUGCCUCCCUCACCAUGACCCCACUCUUACCAUAGUGGCUACAUUACUUCAGAUUCCCCUAAUGUCUUUCCAGCCAGACUUGGAAUCAUGGAGGGAAAACACUGUUACCUCAGAUCUCCUGGUUACCCAGCACAUAGUAGUACUGGAUUCCAGCUCAUAAUAAGUACUGUAUAUCAUUUUUCAAUAUAAAAUGCAUUUGUGCAAAUUCUAGUCAAUACUACUUCAUGUAAACAGCAGUGGAAAAUCUAAAAACUUCCAGUCCUGGAGGCAGGUUGUGCAGCUUAGGAGAGGACCCCAGAAUCUGGACCCCAGAGUCUGGAAGCAGGCCAGAAAGGAUAAGGCAAAUGACUGAACAGUUCCCUCAGGACUCACGUACUGAUCUCCCAAAAGAAGAGAGGGUCUCCCUGGGGUGGGGUUGCUGGACCUUCAAUCCAUCGCUACAAUCCAGAAGGCAAUUGGCCACUCCUAAUGUGGGCCUGCCCUCCCUUUAUUUUUCCAGUUCUUAUUUCACCUGAUAAUAUUCCGUCCAAUUGGCAAUGGCACAUAAAAAUUAGGAUGGAGUGUGUGGACAAAUACUUCUUCAUCUUCUUGUCUAGGAUUAGAAAUCACCUUCUCAAGGGAGCCUUGUCUAAUGUUCCUGAGACUAUUUCACACUCUCCAUGCUUAUGUCAAUGCAGGACUCAUCACAUCUAUUCAGAUAUUCUGUUUACACACCCAUGUCAUCCCAGAGAGGUGAUCACAGGGCAGGGACAUAUGUGUGGCAUACAGUUCCUAGUUAAGAUCCCAAAUCCUGAGAUAUUGCUGAUGUGCUAUGGCAGGUCGUCAAGAGAACUGUGUCAUUCCAAACUCACCAAGGUGGCUUAUAGAACAGAAGCAGAUGGAUAUAAAGAGGAGAGGGGACCAGACUAUCUCCGCAACCACAGCCCAGAGCUCCAGUCACCAGAUAGAAAAUUGAUUUGAUUUCAUCCAAUAUUCCUUCGAAAGAGUGUCAAGGAAUAGGGUGGGGCAAUGUGUCAUUCUGCAUUGGAAGGAGGACAUUUUAGACCAAGGCCUAAGGGCACAGGUAUUAGUGUCAUAUUGAUCAGAAUUCAACCUUUGUUCUAACACAUACUAGAGCAAGAAUUUACUUGAUUUGGAAUAAUUAAUAGCUACUGGACAUUAUAUUGGUACUAAAGAGAAAGAAUACUUGACAGCUCUAUGCCCACACUCACAUUACAGCUGAUGUGAAAGAGAUUCUGGAAAUCCAAAUGUUCCCCAGAAAUUCUGAUAUCAAAACAUUCCAAUAACUUUUUUUUUCAGGCGCAGUCUCACUCUGUCGCCCGGGCUGGAGUGCUGUGGGCUGUCCGUGGUGCUGAAUUCACUGUGACGUCACUCCUGUCUCUCUUUGCUUUCUUCUGACUGACAUUUAUUCAGCCUUCUCUACAGGAAUCUCUUCUGUUCCCCCACAUGCAGGUGGUUUUUCAGUAGGCUCCUGAAGAGUGAUCUCAACUUUCCAGGAAGAAAAGAGGGCAAAGGGAACAAUGUGAAAAGAAGCAGAAAAUCAUAAAAGACCAUGUGUUUGAUAAACAACCAGAUUGUUUCUGGUUCCCUGCCACUAUAACAACACCAUGACAGCAUACUCAUACAUGUUCCCUUAUAAAUCUGUGAGGUAGUUUCUUUGGUAUUCUUGCCCAGGAAAUGGGUUGAUUCAUCGCAGAUUUUAUAUAUAUACUUUUUUUUAACUAAGUGUGAGAUAAUAUCUUAUUGUUUUUGUAACUUGUAUUUUACAAGAGUUCUGACCAGCACCAGAUAAGCUUCAGUGCUCUCCUUUCUUUGGCCUCAAUAUUAUUGGAUUAAAGAAUUACUGCCUCUCACUAGGAGCAUCAUUUAUUUACCAUUAUUUUCAAUUUCAUAUUAAAACUCAAUUUCUAGUAGA